CUUGGCAAUACUUGAAUGUAAAUGUCUGCCAGCAAAAGUCUGCAGUGUUCUGGCAACAUCAGACAUCAAACCCAGCGGUCAACGCAGAAUAUGGCCGCUUCAGGCAAGUCUAAAAAGAAGGCGAAAUGGAUACCGGCCAGCAUUACUGAUAUCAUCGCGGAACCAACGACUAUUCCGACAACCCACAAUUGGGCAGACUCUGUUGAUGAAGAACCUGAGAAUGCAUAUGGCGGAGGGUACCAGUCUCGGCCUAGAGCGCCGGUCGUGUUGCCGUCAGCGUCGCGGGCGGCGCGUGGCGGCCUGGCCGUGGACGAUGAGUCUAUCCCCCGGCGCCCACCGUUUACUGCACACAUUUCCAACCUACCGUAUGAUGUCGACGAAAGUGCGAUCACUGAAUUGUUCGCGGGACUUAAGAUAACAAAUUUGAGACUGCCGCGCGAGGGCGACCGUCUCAAAGGAUAUGGAUGUGUCGACUUUGAAGAUAGAGAAGGGCUGAUAAAUGCCAUGAAUAUUCCUGACCUGACAAUUGGGGGCAGGAGAAUACGCAUAGAGCUGUCGACACAGGACAAUGACCGUCGGAUGGGAAGGGGUCGCAACGACCGCGACAGGGAAUAUGACCCAGAAAGGACCAUGGGUGACUGGCGAUCUGGACCACGUGCGAUGCCCGAGCCUUCAGGCCGACCGCGCACCGAUGAACGACGCAUGGAUCGUAGUAACAUGGACCGUGAUCGUGAUCGCGAACGUGACUCGAGUGCCGAUAACCGCCCCGGCGGAUGGCGUGACGGCGACCGUCCAGCUCCGCCCGAGCCUGCAAGAACACCCUACGGUGGACGUGACUCGUUCGGACGCGACCGCUAUGGAGAGGGUAGAGAACGCGGUGGUGGGUUCGGAGGUCGUGAGGACCGUCCAGAGCGCAGUGGGUAUGGUGGCAGAGACGGAUUCCGUACAGCCGAACGUGAUGGAGGCGGCUUUGGAAAUAGAGAAGGCAGAGGUUUCGGUGGCAGAAACUUCGGAGAUCGUGACCGUGACCGUGAUCCGCCACCCCGAGAAGAUACAAAACCAAGAGAGCGACCAAAGCUCAAUUUGCUGCCUCGUACAGUCCCACGCGACCCAGAGGUACCUACUAAGCCGGCUGAUGGUGCUGUGGGCGAGAAACUUCCUGAAAAGGCAGCACCAAAGCCUGUGCCUGCUGAAAAAGUUUUUGGUGCCGCAAAGCCAGUUGAUACUGCAGCUAAAGAGCGUGAAAUAGAGGAACGUUUGCGGAAACAGCAAGAGGAAGAAGCCCGGCGUGCUGGGGAAGACAAAGAGCGCUGGGGUCGAAGGAACGACCAUUCUGGUGAUCGUCGUCCUGCACCAAAACGAGAUGAUCGUCCAAGAGAUUCACGCAACUACAAUCGUGAGAAACGCGAUUACUCUAAAGAAGACCCACGGGAGUAUAACGAUCGCGACAGACGGGACUAUAGGGACGACAGAGAUCGCCAUGGCGAGCGUGACGACCGAGACAAGCGAGAACCAGAGCGAGACAGACGUGACUACCGUGACGAACGCGAUCGUCGCGAUAAAGAUGAGCGUCGAGACUCUUCUGGCGAUCGACGAGACCGCCGCGAUUAUUCGCCAGAUCGCCGCCCCCGUCGCAAUUCUGGUGACAGACGCAGGGAUGCCUCUCCAGAACGACGUCGUGAUCCUUCCGGCGAUAGACGCCGCGACUACUCCGCCACUCGAGAUGACGAUCGCCGUCCGCCAUCGCAUGAGCGCAACGGACGUUCGCGUCCCAGUCGCUCGCGCGACAGGCAUGACGACACCGAUGAUAGAACCAUGCCCAAGUUAAAAGAGCAGGAGAAACCGAACUUCGUUGCCUCCAACAAGUUUAGUUUCUUAGAAGCCGCCGAUGACGGCGGGUCUGAUUAGCACGAGCAAAAAGUUUGUGUGCGCGCUACAAAUUAGUGUCCAUUUUACAGUUGACUCGAGUGUAAAGUGUAAAUUUACGAGUAUCAAAGUGUCUAACGUGUAGAACAGACUCGAUAAAGCACGGAGACAAUCUAAAAUUGUGCUGAUGAAAUAGAACUUGAUUUGAUAGUCACUAGUGCGGUGUGGAUAUACGUGUAUAUUAAUAGGAUUGCUAAUGCUCACACUGCUUCGAUGCAGGCCCCAGUCUUUGUUGUAGUCUCUAAAAUCAUAAUUUUGCUUUUACUACACUUAUCUGGGAAAGAUAUUUCAGCACAGAAUGCUUACAAUAAAUAAGAUACUGCAGCAAAGACUGGGGCUCGUAUGUGACCAUGUUGUACUGAUUUGUGUAAAAUUUUCUAUGGGUUUGUUAUUUACCUACUAUAUUAUAAUGUUAAUGUGAAUGGUUGCAAACAGUAAAGAUUUAAGAACUGCAUAUAUUCCAUAAAAUUUUGAUGUGAACAGGUUUAGGUCAGGUGCUGCUCCUUCAUGCCUCUAUUUUUGUGAAUAAUUAAUAUUUCAUUAUUUUAUAUUAUUCCUUUUUGAAGGAAUUUAUCUGCAGUUGAUUGCAUUACAACCAUAGGGAAUCUGAUUUUUCUAUAUUUUAGAAUUUAUGUCUUAUGUUUAAAAUAUUUAGUCGAUUUAGAUUUAUUAGAACAUUAAUUGUAUUAUUUAUCUUUACACUCAAAAUUCAUUAAAAUAAUCAAGUAAGAUUUAAGCCUCAAUAUUUCUAUUGUGCAAGUAUGCAUACAGAUGUGCCUGCCUUAAUCGUGAUGAAAUACAGUUGUUGAUAACUAAUGGUACCUAUUAAAUCUGAUUAGGGCUUGGUCACAAUAUAAUUCGAUGGUCAAACGUUACGACGUUUUAUUUGUAAUAUGGUGAAAUUUGUUUUGAACUAAUUGUAUAUCAAUUAAUAAAAUGAUUACCCUUUUUAC